ACUUCAAGUAUUACAAGAGACGAUGCAUGUCGAAUACAACUCUAGAAGAUCAUGUGUUGUGUGCACGAAGGGCUGCGUGGCAAGUAGUCAGCAUUUAGCAUCACAAAUUGGAAUAGAUAUUCUGAAAGCUGGUGGAAAUGCAGCCGAUGCAGCUGUUGCCAUGGCAGCCACCCUGAAUGUGACCGAGCCCUGCUCAACUGGAAUCGGAGGCGACGCCUUCUGUCUGUUUUAUGAUGCCAAAAGGAGGAAGGUUGAGUGUGUGAAUGGAAGUGGGAGGGCUCCGUCCAAGCUGACCCUGGACCUGCUUCAUCAACAAGGCUACUCCACCUACAAACCCUACCCCGACCAAACCCACGGCCACUCAGUGACUGUCCCAGGGGCACCUGCUGCAUGGUUGGACACAGUGGAAAAGUUUGGAAGUGGAAAGCUGUCUAUGCUGGAAGUUCUACGCCCAGCCAUUGAGUUAGCAGAGACUGGCUUCCCUGUGCAGCAGAUAGCAGCCUCAUUCUGGAAUAAAGGUUCUCAUCUUCUGUCGGAUCCCAACAACUACUACGGGAAAGACAUGUUAUUGAAUGGACGAGCGCCGCGGCACGGAGAAGUUGUCAGACUACCUCUGCUGGCCAAUACAUUAAAGGAACUUGGAACCCAUGGUAAAGCUGGUUUUUACAGUGGUAGAGUGGCUAAAGCCAUAGCUGAAGUGGUGCAGCAGCAUGGUGGUGUCAUGACAACAGAGGAUCUGGCCAGUCAUGUGACCACUUUUGAGGAUCCAAUCAGUGCUGAUUACAAAGGUUACCGGGUGUGGGAGGUGCCCCCCAAUGGUCAGGGUAUCACCACCCUGAUGGCUCUAAACAUACUGGAGGGCAUGGAUUUAAAAGGUAUGGGACAUAACUCUGCCGAGUACCUCCAUAGUCUGAGUGAGUCGUUUAAGCUGAGUUUCGCAGAUACCACCUGGUUCUGUGCCGACAUGUCUCAGAUUGAGGUCCCUGUCUCUGAACUUCUGUCCAAAGAUUAUGCAGCUAAGAGAAGAUCACAGAUCAAACCAGACAGUGUUAUCAGUGACGUACAGCAUGGAGGUAUCAGUGUUGGGAGUGAUACGGUUUACUUCACGACGGCAGACUCGGAUGGAAACGCUUGCUCAUUCAUCAACAGUAACUUCAUGGGCUUCGGCACAGGCUUUGUUCCUGAAGGGUGCGGGUUCACACUACAGAAUAGAGGUUGUGGAUUUUCUUUGGACCCCAAACACCCGAAUGUUGUAGCUCCAAACAAACGGCCUUUCCACACCAUCAUACCUGGAAUGGUGACUGAUGCUGAGAGCAACGACCUUCUGGUCAGUUUCGGUGUGAUGGGAGGGUUCAUGCAGCCCCAGGGGCAAGUACAGGCUCUUCUUAACAUGGUGGAGUUUGGAAUGGAUCCACAGAAAGCUCUGGACGCUCCUAGACUUUGCGUGGGCGGCUGUUAUGGCUAUGAUAGUUCCUUAAUUGGAGUGGAAGAGGGAAUGUCCCCAGAUGUGAUAAGGAAACUGAGAAGCAUUGGUCACACUGUGGAGGGGCCUGUGACAGGAGAAAAUCGCAGUCGAUUCGGCAGAGGGCAGAUAAUCACCCGCGGACCCGUGUUCAGAGGGCGUGAGGGGAGAGAGGAGUCCAACCCCACACUCUGGGCUGGGUCUGACCCCCGUGCCGAUGGUGCUGCUAUUGGUUACUGCAUAUAAUAUCAACGAAAGAUGCUGACUACAUAUACAUGAAUCUAAUAUAAAUAAUAUAUAAAUAUACAGACUACAUUUACCUGGAUUUAAUACAAAAAUUAUAUACAAAAAUGUUUCGUUACCUUUCUUUUCUAAAUAUUACAUCAAAUUAAAAAUGACUAAUGUUUAGAUUUAAAUGUUUAAACAUGCAAUAAAGCACUGACAAUGAAUCAUUACAAUAAUUAGUACUUCUAAUCACUUUAAGCUCAUCGACCCACUGCACAUUAACAUCUUCUGGAAAUAUUGGUUCAUUGUUAAUGAUAUCUCUCCGAAAAGUCCAAAUCAUUAUUGAAAAUGUAAGCAAACAACUGUAGCUAACCUAGCAAAAAAUGGCUGGUUUUGCAUUUAUACAUUCAUGAUUAAUAUUAUGUAAAUUAUAGACAUAAAGAAAAGUUUACAUGCAGGAGUUAUCUCCAUUGUCAGAGUAUCAUUGUACCUAAAUUAGUGGACGAUGUUAUUGUUUUAGUUGACAGGAAAUGAUAUUAUUUGCACCUGUUCUGUUCAUGGUAUUAGCAAUAUCCUGCCCAUGUUUCAAUGCAAGCUAUGACUAUGCUCAGGAAUUCUUUUUGAUUAACAACUAUGCAAUAAAAUUACCUCAAGACUUCAAGACUUAAUUUUAUUUUACAUUGUAGACGCCACCUUUUUUAUCCUACUUGUGAGCUAUUGUUAUUGCUUUUUUUAUAUAACUGAUUUAUAUAUUUAAGGUUGAUUGAAAAUAAAUUUGUUCUGAUAAUGUA